AUGGCGGCCGCCGCGCAGCGCCGCGAAGCGGGUGCGGAGGCGGCGGCCGUGAGCGAGGAGGAGGAGGGGGGCGGCGAGGAGGAGAACAUCCUGUACGACCUGCUCGUCAACACCGAGUGGCCGCCCGAGACCGAGGUGCAGCCAAGAGGCAGUAAAAAACACGGCGCAUCAUUUAUCAUCACGAGAGCAAUUACAGGUCCUGCAUUAUUUUUACUUCGUUAUAUUUGGUACAGCCCUGCAAAGUUUACUCUGCCACCUGGGCUGGUUCGUCUGGUUAAUAAGCAGAUCAACUGGCAUCUAGUGCUUGCAAGCAAUGGGAAAUUAUUGGCACUUGUUCAAGACCAAUGUGUGGAAAUCAGAUCUGCGAAAGAUGACUUUGGAUCCAUUAUUGGCAAAUGUCAAGUACCGAAAGAUCCUAACCCACAGUGGAGGCGUGUGGCGUGGAGUCACGACUGUACAUUACUUGCUUAUGCUGARAGCACUGGAACAGUGAGAGUGUUUGACCUAAUGGGUAGUGAGCUUUUGGUCAUUUCACCAACAACAGGUUUUCCAGGAGAUCUUAGUUAUGCUAUUGCUGGAUUAAUCUUCUUAGAAUAUAAAGCAAGUGCACAAUGGUCAGCUGAACUGCUUGUCAUUAAUUAUCGUGGAGAGCUGAGAAGUUAUCUUGUAAGUGUUGGAACAAAUCAAAGCUUCCAAGAAAGUCAUAGUUUCAGCUUUAGCAGUCGUUAUGUCCAUGGAGUAACCACUGUUGUUUAUCAUCCUGGUCAUAGACUUCUGCUUGUAGGAGGCUGUGAAACAGAUGAAGAUGGAGURUCUAAAGCAACUGGUUGUGGGUUAACUGCUUGGAGGGUUUUGUCCGGUUCUCCCCAUUAUAAACUGGUCACUAAUUACGAAGAUGACAUUAGAACAGCACAGAGAAAAGGAUUAUUAAGGAUUAUGAAUUUAAAAUUUUACAACAGGAGAGGAACAGAACAGGAUGGAGUUUUUAAGAUGAACCUUUCUCCUGAUGGAGCUCUUCUGGCAGCUAUUCACUUCUCAGGAAAACUGACCAUAUGGUCUAUUCCAUCUCUCAGACAACAAGGAGAAUGGGACCAGAUUGACCAGCCAGGUUAUGAUGAGAUCAACCCAGCCUGGAACCUCUCUGCUGAGAAAAGAAAGAAAAUAAAAGAUAAAGAGUCUUAUUACCCAUUGAUAGAUGUAAACUGGUGGGCAGAAAAUUCCAUGAUCCUGGCUCGCUGCUCUGGUGCAUUGACUGUAUCUUCAGUCAAAACGUUAAGAAACUUGUUGGGCAAGUCAUGCGAGUGGUUUGAGCCUUCUCCUCAGGUCACUGCGACUCACGAUGGAGGAUUUCUAAGCCUGGAGUGUGAGAUAAAACUUGUUCCGAAGAGAUUACGGUUGGAGAGCAGGCCUGGUGAUGAAGAUGAGGGAGAUGAUGAUUCUGACUCAGAUGAUGAAAAUUCGGCUAAGGACAGGUACUUUAGCUACCUAAAACAAGGCCUGUACUUUGUGACAGAGAUGGAACGAUUUGCUCCUCCACGAAAACGUCCACGUACUAUUACAAAGAACUUCCGCCUUGUGAGUUUGCGAUCUACAACCCCAGAAGAACUUUACCAGAGGAAAACUGACAAUGAGGAAUAUGAGGAAGCUCUAGCUUUGGCCCAAACGUAUGGUCUUGAUUCUGAUCUUGUGUAUCAAAGACAGUGGAGGAAAUCAGCUGUUAACGUUGCUUCAAUUCAGGAUUAUUUGAGUAAAAUCAGGAAGCGAGCAUGGGUUCUCCAUGAGUGCUUGGAGAGGGUUCCAGAMAACGUGGAAGCUGCUAAGGAGUUGCUUCAGUAUGGCUUGAAAGGCACAGACUUGGAGGCUCUUGUGGCCAUAGGAAGAGGAGAAGAUGAUGGCAGAUUUAUCUUACCAGGAGAGGUGGACAUGGAAAUCCCCUAUGAAGAAUUCUUGUCACCAGAUGAAGAAGCAGAGACUAGAAAGGAAAAAGAGUCCAGGAAGCGUCAAGAACUGCUUUUAUCAGUAAACUUCUCAAAACUAACCCUGGAACAAAAAGAACUCUGUCGCAGCAGGCUGAAACUGCUAACAUAUCUUGAUCGCCUUGAAACCUAUGAGGAAAUACUUGGAGGGCCUCAUGCAGCUGAACAGAACUAUGACAGUGAGUUCUUCAAGAAGUUUAGAAAUCAGAAUAUUGUGCUUUCAGCAAGGACUUAUGCACGGGAAAGCAACGUCAGAGCACUGGAAAUCUUGUUCACUUUCCAUGGAUCAGCUUUGCUUCCACACAGACAGGCAAUUCUCUCCAAUUUUCCUGAGACCACUUCACCACAUGAAUACGCUUUCUUGUUACCUGAAGCUUGUUACAGGCAGGGGACAUUGAAGAUUCUUCCCUGGAAUGAGCAGAAACAUCGUGAAGAAGACUGGUGUGAAAAAGCAGAAUGCAAGAAGAUUGUUGAACCAACUCUUCAAGAUGAAGGUGAAUUUCUGUAUGAAAUGCAACCUGAAUUACUGAAGUAUAGGACUACUGAGCUUUCAGUAGAUCUGGUUUCUGACUGGUAUUUGAACAGAGCACAAGAAAUUGAAAAUUAUUCUAUGCAGGUGGAUUGUGCUCUGUCCCUUGUCCGUCUUGGCAUGGAGAGGAAUAUUCCCGGUCUGCAGACUCUUUGUGACAAUCUAAUUACUCUUGAGACGGUAGUUUAUGAAACUGAAGGUGAUCGAACCUUAACUUUGAAGGAGCUAGUAGAGUUGAAAGACAUUGAAAAACUGAGACUGCUGAUGAAGAAUUCCUCUGAAGAAAAAUAUGUGAAAAAUGUUUAUCAGUGGAUGAUCCCAUUUCUCCAYCGCUGUGAAAGUCAUUCCCCUGGUCUGGCAAAUUCACUUUUUAAAGAAUAUUUAGUGACUUUAGCAAAGGAUGACCUGACGCUACCUCUCAAGAUAUUUCAGAAUUCAAAACCUUCUUGUCAGCAAAAAAUUAUUCACGAUCAAGACCAGCUUAUGAUUACAGCACUUGAAUGUAUUUUUGGUUGUGAACGAGAUGACCAGCUCGCCCUCUGUUAUGAUAUUUUGGAAUGCCUUCCACAAAGAGGAUAUGGGCCUGAAACAGGUAAAACUAACGCUCUUCAUGAUCAAGUAGAUGAACUGGAACGGAUUCUUAGUGUAUCAGAGCUUUUGGAGAAACACGGACUUCAGAAGCCUGUUUCAUUUGUGAAGAACACCAAGGACAACCUGGAGGAGGCACGGAAGCUGAUGAUUAGGCUGACAAGGCACACGGGUCGCAAGCAACCCUCAGUGAGUGAGACACGCUGGAAGGAAUUGCUUCAGGAUAUGUUGGACAUGCAGCAGAAAGUAUAUACGUGCUUACAUGCAGAUGCUUGCUAUGAGAUAUUCACAGAAAGUCUUUUGUGCUCAAGCAGUCUAGAUAAUAUCCACUUGGCUGGACAAAUGAUGCAUUGCAGUGCUUGGUCGGCAGACCCGCUGACUGCCUCCAAAGGGAAGCCACAGUAUAGAGUCAGCUAUGAGAAAAGUAUCGAGCUAGUUUUGGCUGCUGGCAGAGAGUAUUUCAAUUCUUCCACGAGCUUGACUGAUAGCUGCAUGGAUUUGGCCAGGUGCUGUCUACAACUAAUUGUUGACUGCCCUAGUGCUAUUCAGGAGGAACUAGAUCUCAUUCGUGCUCUUGGUUACCUUGAAGAAUUUGGUGUGAAAAUACUACCAUUACAAGUGCGUUUAUGUUCAGAUCGACUUAGCCUCAUCAAGGACUGCCUUGCUCGGUCGCCAACAAACUACAAGCAGUCUGCUAAGCUCUUGGGGCUAGCAAAUUUAUUGAGGAUUGCAGGAGAUGACCAAAUAGAAAGAAAAGGUCAAGUUUUAAUCCUUUUAGCAGAACAAGCUCUCAGUUUCCAGGACUACAAAGCAGCGAGUAUGCAUUGUCAAGAGCUCAUGGCCACAGGCUAUUCCAAAAGCUGGGAAGUGUGCAGUCAACUUGGUCAGUCAGAAGGCUACCGUGACCUGGGGAUGCGUCAGGAACUCAUGGCUUUUGCCCUGACACACUGUCCACCAAGUGCCAUAGAGACGUUGUUGGGAGUGAGCAGCUCCUUGCAAACACAGAUUCUUUAUCAGGCUGUGAAUUACCAGUUCCUUCCUUCAGAAGGAGGUGAGAAUAUAAAUAUCUCAGGAUCCUCAUCCUUGAUCAGUAAGGAUACUGAGGACGAAUCCGCCGUUUCCUCUAGGCCGUCCGCUGCCCUGCUGCACUGGACGACGUCCAGAACCAUGAAGGUGCUGUCGGACACCACGACGACAACGAAGGCCGUGCUGCACGCCGUCAGCGACGGGCAGUGGUGGAGGAGGUCACUCACCUACCUGCGGCCGCUGCACGGUCAAGAAUUUGGAGAUGUGUUGAAAAAGGGGCCUGGAGAAAAUGCCACUGUGGAAAAGCAAGGCUGUCAUCCMUUUUAUGAAUCUCUCAUUGCUGAGCCGUAUGUUGCAGAAUCUGAAGUGAGCUAUGGCACAUACCAGAACAAUUCUCUGGAGAGCUUUGCAGAAGUCCUACUGAGAACAGAGAAACUCACAGAAACAAAGAGUGAAGGAAAGGACCCACUGCCCACUACGGAAGUUCUGCUACAGCUGGCAUGUGAUGCUUUACCCAAUGAUACAGCCUUGUCUCUUGCCUAUCUGCUUGCACUGCCACAGGUGGUAGAUGCCAACAAGUGCUUUGAAAAGCAAUUGCCUUCUGCUUUAACUCUCCAGCUGGCAAGUUAUUACUACAGCCUGCAGAUCUAUGCUCGUUUGGCACCGUGUUUCAAGGACAAAUGCCACCCCCUCUACAGGGCUGAUCCAAAAGAGCUGAUUAAGAUGGUCACAAAGCAUGUUAGUCAGUAUGGCUAUGCAGACUGGCCUGAAGAAGUAGCAACCCUGAUAAAUCAGCUGCAUUACUACAACGAGCGGCUACUGGAUUUCACCCAAGCCCAGGUCCUCCAAGGGCUUGGCAAAGGAGUGGAUGUGCAGAGGUUUACAGCAGAUGCCCAGUACAAGAGAGAAACUAUACUAGGCCUGGCAGAAACGCUUGAAGAAAAUGUCUACAAGAUUGCUGUUUCUCUGGCUCAGAGAUACAAUGUUCCACUUUGGGAAGUUUAUAUGACCCAUCUAGAAUAUUUAUUCACUGACAGUGGGUUAUCCACAGUAGAAAUAGAAGAACGAGCACGAAGUCUGGGUCUCUUUGAGAUUUUGAAAAACAACCCUGAAGCCUUACACGAGCACCUGCUGAAGUAUGUUUUCCCAAGUAUUGAAGGCAGAGAUCACCAGCGAUUGCUCUAUUAUUUUACACUCCUGGAGAACUGUGGUUGUACAGAAUUUGUGAAACAUUCUCUAAAACCCGAAACUCACAUCAGGCUCCUGAAAAAAUUCAAAGCAGUUGCACCAGGUCUCAAUUACAAAAAGUUAACAGAUGAAAAUGAGAACCCUCUGGGAAUACUGGAGCCCAUCCUUACAAGUCAAAAUAUUUUAUCUAUUUCUAAACUGGCCCCCAAAAUUCCUAACAAAGAUGGCAGCAUGCUGUCAGCAAGCUCUAUUUAUGCUGUUUGGUUACCAAAACUUUUCUGGAAUGGGGAUCACCAUCUCCUUAAAAAAAUACCUGAAACCACAGCUGAGUGGCUACAUGCAUAUGAUGUGUGUUCAAAGUACUUGGAUAGACUUGAUCCAGGUGAUAUCACCAAUUUCUUGGAUGAAAUCACUUUUUCUUCAAAGGCUGUCACAAAGCUACCAGUUGAAGUUAGGAUAGAAGUGACUGAGAAGGCUAUUAAAGCAGUGCAACAUCUUUCUGAAAAAUCAAGAAAAAAAAAUCCUGAAAAUGAUGUGGAAGCUGUGGAAAAUGUAUCUGUUGCCUAUGGAGAAAGUCUGAAUCACUUACAUCAAUCUCUUGCUCAUCUGCAAACACUCGGUCAUAGUUUUAUCACUUACUUGAAAAAUAGUGAACAGGAUGCACUACAGAAGUAUGGCUAUUUGUAUGAUUUGUCAAGGUCGGAGAAGGAAAAAAUCCAUGACCAAGCACUAGCUAUGUGUAUAGACGGGCAGCCUCUGGACAUGAUACAACAGUUGUUACAAGUGGCUGUUGGGGACUUAGGCCUUUCUCCCAAGGAUAUUGUCCAAUGUGCUAUUAAAGAAAUUUUAUGUGCAUUAAGUGGAGAUGGCAAUUCUUCUACCUCAGUGAAAGAUCCUCUUGGAGUCCUAGAAGGCAUCGUGUCUGCAGUGCACGCGAGUGUUGAAAAAGGAGAGAAAGUAGUAUCCUCAGAAGACCUGCUGGAGUGGCUGAGACCUUUCUGUGGUGACGACUCCUUACCAGUGAAGCCUCGCAUCAAAGUGCUCCAAAUCAUGGAGCAAGCCUUCCACCUCCGUGACGAGGACAGCAAGCUUCUUGUCUUCUUCAGAACGCAGGCCGUCCUCAGAGCUUGCUGGCCCGAAAGAAAGGUAGAGGUAGCAGAUAUUGAAAGUGAAGAGAAAAGGUAUGAACUUUUCCUGGGACUUCUGGAAUCCAGUCAUAGUCUGUCCGAGUUUCAGCACUUGGUUUUACUCCUUCAAGCUUGGCCACCUAUGGAGAUGAGCAACAGAUCAUGCACAGAUAACAAUCCUUGGGUGAAAAUGGGGACUGUUAUGCUACAGAAAUGUCCACCUGAGGAAAAAGAACAAACAGGAAAUGAAAUUUUGAAAAUCUGUCGUUCCUUAUAUGAGACAAAGCACAUGCUACAUGCUGAGUGUAUAAAAGAAUUAUGUUUGCUGCUGCUUAACCAGUCCCUUCUGCUGCCAUCCCUGAAACUGCUGGUCGAAAGCAAAGAUGAAGAUCUUCAUGCUGUGGCACUGGAGCAGAUAAAGGCUGUAGCUAAGGUUGAUGAUUCCAACUGUGACGCCGAAAUACUUUCCUUGCUCCUCAGUGCAAAGUUAGUGGUGAAGUGCGUGUCUACGGCUCUCUAUCCUCCCCUUAUCGAACACCUGCUGGCCAAGCAGGACGAAGGAGGCUGGGAUGUGGAGGAAGUAGCAAAGCAGCUGAAGGAAGCAGGGUUCAAYGCGGAGGCAGGGUCCCUCCUCAUGUCCCAUAGAGGGACUCAUCCUGCACUCAGGACUUUCACUGCCGCCCUCCAGGCUGUUCAGCACUGGGUCUAACAAUGCAGGAAUUAGUCAUUUGUCUGCCUUUUAGCUGGGGGCCUUCUAUAAGGACGGGAAUCGUUGUUCUAGUGACGUAAUGAAAUUCGUUAUCCCUACCUACAUUUUGUGGAAUAUGCUAAAAGCACAUUUACUGUGGAUUCCUGUGCACAUCUAAUUGUUCAGAAWAGAUGUAUUGGUUCAGACAGGAUCACUCUGUUGCAUAGUUAGCCAAUCACUGAGUCUGAUAAAAGCUUUCAGAGUGGAGAUGACUGCUAAGUGACUGCCCUCUGAAACAUGGAAAUGAAACAUCACUGAUCUGGCAGGUUACAUCUGACUUAGCUCAAUUUCUGUAACUAAUUUACUCUUGUCAUAAUGUAAAAUAUAAAUAUAAUUAUAAAGUUAUA